AUGGGAGAUUACUGGAUGCUAGUUUUGCCCACCUUUAAAGAAGUCAUAAGAGUCCAGAGUUUGGGGUUCAAGAAAUACAGAGGAUGGAACGUCAUCACUAGGUACUGGAAGGAAGAUGCCGACAGGAGUUUAGCUUCUCCGGGAAGCCUUAGAUGGAUCAUGGCUUUCGAUUUUCCACCGCAUCUCAGAUCAAAAGCUACUAUUGAGAAAAUUGGAGACAUGUGUGGGGAAUUCUUCGACUAUGAGAAGGGGGAAUGGUGCGAUCUUUGCAUUAGAAUCAAAGUGCGAUUGAAGUCGGACGUUUCGGAAAAAAUCCCUCUUAUGUUUGGUACUACGUUGUUCAUGAUUAAAAUAGUGAUCUCGCCGGAGGCUGAUUUGAAGAGAUUCCGGCUUAUUGACAGGAAGAUGAAGGGACCGGAGUUUACAAAACAGGUUAAUGGCUCUGCUCCACGUGCCGCAGUGUUCCCUAGUACGCCCCAAAGGAUUGGUCGGCUCCGUUUUUCGAGUUGGGGAAGAUGA